CCUCUUCCCAGUUCACGCACCCCCGGCCCCCCUCUCUAGUCCCUCCGUUCCGCCGAAUCGGGAUGGACUUGUCAAUCUUGUCGCAACCCGCUACAGACGUCUGGAGAUUCAAUGGUUUGAGCCACCCAGACGACGCUCCCGUACUGCGCAGCGCCACUCACCUGCGCACUUGCUGCGCAUCCUUGAGGUGCUAUUCCCGUUUCUCAUCCCCUCCUCUUUAUACAGCCACUGCCUGGAAGACGUCAAAAGUCUACCUAUACGCAUACCCCCCCUCUGGCGCCUACGGUUACCGAAACCCCUGGCCCCAGUGUCUGCUGGUGUGUCCCGUCGUCUGGCCUCCAGUACGUUGUGCCGCGGAUGAAAGGGACCUUCUCCUCAUAUGCCUUUUUGCUUUUGGGCCCUGUCCUUGCUGCUGCUCCUCAUGCCUUCCCCGUCGAAGCAUACAUGCUCCCGGGACGGACGACUCUCACACACCUACCUACCUCUUCCUUGGGAGCACAAACCCUGAGUCAUCUGCCAGAUCCAACGCUUGGAACAGGUCUGAUUUUCUAUUCUGACUUGUGCCUUGACCUCUGGAGAGAGCCACACCCCCCUCCCAGUCCCCUUUCACACGCCACCUUGAUAUGGAUGAUUCCUGCCCGCCCUGCCGUGGCUUUCAUCAUAGGCGCCGAGGAUGUUUGCUUUGUAGCUCCCCGACGACUUGUUCCGAGUCUUAUUCUUCUGUCCCGACCUCUUCCCAAGCCUUCUUCCUUUCCUUGUGAUUUACAUGAUUCCCCCUCUCCCCUCUCUGUUCGCUCUGAAGCAUCACGCAUUUUAAGAAGACCAACAAGACCAUUUGUUUUGUUCUUUGUAGACUCCGGCGCAAGCCUUGUUCUCUCUGUAUUCUGUUACCUCGAUCCCACGCAGCGCCACCCUCUUAAACCAUGGCGUCCAAGGUAAAGCAGGACGGCAAGACGCCGACUUCAGCGGCCACGAACCUAAUUGGUAU